GUAUGGUGCUAUAUAUAUUUCGAAAGAUCAAAGUUUUUAUUUAAAAUAUACUUAUCACUUUGGACGCCUAAUUGUACAAUUAUUCAGGCGGUCAAGGCGUGAUAACACAGGAUAGAACCAUGGGCCGGGUUGAUUGAAUCAGGAAGAAACAUUUGUGAGGAACCCGGUAUUCCGGCAACGACGACGCAAGCUCAACUCGAAACCGAGGAUCCGUCGAGGUAGAGGGGCAGUUGUUAUCCUCCCUCGUGCUACCGUUCGAUUCUCUGCUCCCGUUAGCCCUCUCUCUUUCUUUCUCGCCCUCUUUCUCUCGCAUCCUCGUGGGAAGGAGGACGAGAAGCAGAAAAGAUGAGCGAUCAAGAGGAUCUCGGUUGUUACAUCAUGUUCCCAUCGUUCCCGUCAUCCCCAAAAGAUCCAACGUUGACCACGAAUGGACAGGAUCAGCAGGACAAGUAUGUAUUCGUCUACAAGGAGGACAAGCGUCCGGUAGUCGUGCUGCUAGGAUGGGCCGGCUGUCAGGACAGAUAUCUGGCCAAGUACAGCGCGAUCUACAAGGAGAAGAGCUGCAUCACUUUGAGGUACACGGCGCCAGUAGAAUGUCUAUUUUGGCGAAGAGACAAAAUGCCUCAUAUUGGGAAACGAUUGAUCCAAGUGAUCACGGAUAACAGUUUGGAUCAGCAUCCGAUAUUUUUCCACGUUUUUAGUAAUGGUGGCGCGUUCCUUUAUCAACAUGUGAGCCUUGCAAUGCAGCAGGCUGACACGCCACUUAUGGUCAAAGGGGUAAUAUUUGACAGCGCACCAGGUGAGAGAAGAUUAACUGCACUGUUCAAAGCGAUCAGCGCCAUCAUAGGGGGAACUCCGCUUACAAACAUACCAAUGUCCUUCUUCAUUACAAUCUUCCUAUCCAUACUUUGGUUUUUCGAGAUAGUCGCCCAUACUUUCGGACGUGAUUAUCCCGUGCAAACCAACCCGAUCGCCUUAGCGGAGGAAACUUAUUCUUGGCCGCAAAUGUUUCUUUAUUCGAAUACCGACACUUUAAUCCCAGCAUCGGAUGUCGAGAAGUUUGCCAGCCGACGAGCAGAACGUGGCGUGCGGGUGCAACUGGUGCUUUUUAUGAAUUCCCCGCACGUGAAGCAUUAUGCCACGUAUCCUGACGUUUAUGUAAACACGGUUUACAACUUUAUGCACGAAUGUCUCUCGUCAUCGAACUUCGAAAGUUUAGAGUCGUCGCAAGAUGAAAAUAGUUUACAGAAAUAUGACACCAUGCCAGGCUUCACCAAAAGGGUGGUGCUACCUCACCAAGCUACCAACCAGUUGAAUUAGAAAAAUCCAUAUUAAAUUAGCCACAUGAUCGAUGAAAGCGUCGCAUUUCGUACGCCCGUGAGAAAACGGACAAACUGGAGGGCUGAGAGGAUUGACGGAUACAGUAUUUGGAGUCCUCUUUCUCAAGUCAGCGAAUCUGAAUUCUCGAAACGAGUAUUUCUGUCAGCGUUGAGUCUUGUUUAUUUGCAUUCCCUUUUAUUUUGUAUUUGCUUCGCGUUACAAUUAGGCUUCAGAUGUUUUUAAAUAUAUAAAAAACAGAAAAUAAAUUUUGAUUAUGAUAAUCGAACAUCCGUACGUUUCAUCGACCUAUUACUGCACUUUGCUUAAUAAUAGUUAUAAUAAUAUAAAAUAUAAUAAUUGCGCGUGGAAAAAUAUAAUCACAAUAAUAUAUUAUGUUGAAUUUUUCAAACUCAAUAUCGAUCGAUUAUAACAAGACUCAACACUGAUUCUUUGCGAACUGGAAGAACUCGAAUUUUUAUGCCGACAUCAAGAACUACAGUCAACUCGAUCUCUUUUUCCUUCUUUUGUCCCCUUCUGCUUGUUCAAUUUCUGCUUUCUACUUCAUUCGCUAAAUUCUGCACGUCGAUGUGUCUGAAAUCGAUGCGAUCACGUUCUUUUUGGAAAUUAAACGCGCACGUGAUCCGUUUUUCAGUAUUACAAUAUAAAGGUACAUAUAUCUAUAUAUGCAAUUGCAAGUCUUAUUGUUUGGGAACGACUGUUCGGAAAUCAGUAAUCUUAUGUAGCGAUCUACCAAACACAUUAUGUACUACUGUAAAGCAGAAUUGCUUACUAUGUUGAGCCAUGACUGUAGUCGCAUCUAACAAUGAAGUGUUACAAACACAAAAACAGAAGGAAGGAAAAGGAAAAUUUAGAUUUAGUAACCUAGACGCUUGAGAAUGUGAUUGCAGUGUACCCGAGAAAGUUAUAAUAAGGUAUCGAAAUCUUGAGACUUUGAGAUUUGAGCUAAUCGAGUAUCGGCGCACAAGCCCGCACAAAAAGAUCAAGCUGGUCUUGAUUUACUUUUCGAUUUCAUUAUAUGGCGUAAUUACGUAUCGGCGAAACUGAAGAAUUUUCUUGUAUUCCUCUCUACUAAAUAAUGUUAUGUUUACGUAUAUAUGCAUACGCAAAUAUAAAUAUGUAUAUAUAAAUAUAUUUUGAUCUGACGAGAUUAGUUACGAAUAAAGACUGAUAAAUAU